CCCGCCAUCCCACAAGUGUUCAUCAAUCAAGUGUUUGUUCUCUACCUCGAACAGAAUCAUCGCCUCAUCCAAACCGUCACAUCUCUUCGGCACACUUCACAUCGCGGGUCAAGUUGACUACCACAAGAAUCUCUCAGGACUAACUUGAAGCACACUCAACCCCGCCACGCGAAUCGCCCAAACGCCACAUUAUACUCCGGCCAGAAUCUCAUACCAAAGUCUAACCUGGUCUUCUUUUAUAGUCAGCUGAGUGCAGCCGCCUUUGAAUUGAACGACCGUAUUCAGAUCCUACAUAGUUACUUGUCACGCUCGACUGUAUGUUUUCUUUCCGGAUAUAGUUCAGUUUGUCGAUCCUUUGGAUAUCACUCGUACGAAGUCGAACAUGACCCAGAUUUACACCCAACCAUACAUUGCUUCUCUAAAUGAGCGCCCCAAUACCUACGAGAGGCAUCAACCACGGUAUUACCCACACGAGUCAACCAAAUCAGACGGAACCCUGACCCAUUCGGAGAGAAAGGGGGAUAAAAGUUGGAGCCCAUCACACUCGCCCUUGUCAGAUGUGAGCAGAGGCUCUCGGACAGCAGAGAUGUAUUCUACCCGCCCAGAAGCCACUCAAAACACCAGCCGAGAGCAGCUUCCUUCAUUGAGCAGCCUUUUUGGUUCCCCCUCACAUCAAUCUGGACAUCAAGCUAGACCUGCUCAUUCUCCCUACUCGGAACGCCAAAGCCCAGUUUUCCCUUCAGCGUCACCCCUUGAUGUCAGGCAUUUGACAACAUCUACCCACACGGAACGACCGUUCUCGGAUGGACCCUCCUACUUUCAACGACCAGUACAACAGCAUACAUUCCAUUCAAGACCAGAUUCGCGGGUGGAGAGGGCCGCAAUUGCGCCACCUCCACCACCAAGCCAAACAGUAAACAAACCAGAAUCUCCACGAUACGAGCGUCUCUCUAUAGAGAAGUCGAGACCACAAGGACCUUCGGUCACUGCCUGGUCUCCACGUAACCAGUCUAGUCGACCAGAGUAUUUCUCAAGAGACACUUCUUCAUCCUUUAGAAACCACGCGGAGUCUUCACAUAGGUCCGAGGAACUCAGAACGACAUACCGAGAAGUAGCUCACAGUGUCCCGGCUACUCCAAGUUUCCCUCCAACCCCAGCGAGCACGGUAGGGGGUGAGGUAGCAACUUCCAAAGAUGGGCUAGGGCCAAAGAUUUGGACGGGAACUCAGUUUUUACCUCGUUUUGUCCGACAAGCUGAAGUAGCUGGCGAAGGCCUGUGCUACUUUUACGAUGAUGGAACUCACUGCAAGACCGUCAUCGACGGUGAGGCGGUAAAUGCUCACUGGGGGGUAACAAAAGCCGGAAAGCCAAGAAAGAGACUCGCAAUUGCAUGUAUAACUUGCAGAGAGAAGAAGAUCAAGUGCGAUCCUGACUAUCCUCGUUGUGUUCAAUGCGAAAAGUUUGGUAGAGUUUGCAAAUUCAAGAACGCGUAUGUUACCAAAGAUUUCAGUUCUCGAGAAACAGCUAACAUUGCUUCCCAGACCUCGAGGUGGGCAAGGUACUCCAGAUACACCGCCUGCUGAUCCCGAGGAUGUCUCAAGACCUCCAUCUUCAAGGGCUGAUGGGGAAUCAUACAAAACUGUUCGUGAGAACAGUCCCAUCUCGCCUCGAAACAUGUUACGCCAAUCGCCAGAGCUAGAAGCGCACCCAUCGAAACGACAACGAACAGCUUACAGUCACUUCACCCCCGUCCCAUCAGAAGGGUCUCCUAGACCUUCAGCCCGAGAAGAUGAGCCAGAUAAUGCAUCUUUCGCAAGCCAUGAUAUAUACCGACAAUGGCAAGUUAACCCUGCUAAUGCCCAUCCUGCUAUGGUCAGCGACUUGAUCGAUGUGUUCUUCAGACACGUUCCAGAAUCAGUUUCGAACAUGUUUCCGCAGGGUGUUCUACGUUCGUGGAUACUAUCCGGAGGCGAGAAGUCGUUGGACGAUCUGAUGCUCAUAUACAGCGUCCUUGCAAUAAGUGGCGUUUUCUCCAAAAGAACGGAUUGCAAGGCACUCUAUGCUCAAUACAUAUCCAUUGCUCGAUACGCAUGUGAAAACCGGCGUUACAGCAUACAACUUGUUCAAUCAAGACUGUUGUUAUCUUUGUACUACUUUGCUGUCAAUAAUACGAAUGAUGCCUGGGAUUUCUGCGGUUCGGCCCUCAGAGCUGCCAGUGGGUUGAAAUUAAACAUCGAGCUGGAGAAUAGCAACGAGGCUUAUUUACAGAGUUUCCCAUAUGGUCUUACUAGACAUGGAUAUGCAGAAUGUAGGCGACGCACAUUCUGGAGUUCUUUCUUGAUUGAACGCUUUACUGGAUUUUGCUCUGGCCAUCUCAGUAUGCUUAACCCUGAAGAUAUCUUUCUCCGACUUCCCUCCGAUGACCGAAGUUACGAGUCUCAAAUGGAUGUUCAAAAUCCCUUCUACGACAUCUCUACACCAACGGUUUCCAACACGAACUGGACCAUUGGGUCGAUGGGUUACACUAUCAACAUGAUCACUAUUUGGGGUGAUGUCAUGGCCAAUAUCAACCGCAGUUCCCAACGGCAGACAUCAUCGAAUGCACCAUUCGGUGCCUUUUAUGAAACGAUUACCAGACGUUUGCAGGCAUGGCAUGCGUCUCUACCAAAACCAUUCUCCUUCAGCUCCGAAAACGUACGAAGAUGGACGGAGAGUAACACCCUCAAUACAUUCAUCACCAUGCAUACUCUCUACCACACCACAGCCAUGAAAUUGAAUCGCUACGUUCGGCUUUCUAACCUCAAUGCUGCCCAGCACAACCACCAUGUUCAAGCAGCUAGAUACCACGCUGAGGCCUUAUUGAGUAUUACCGAUGCCCUUGUUGCUUCUCGCUCCUCGGUUCCUUCUAGCCCUGUAUCGCACAAUCACCACGCUCCAAACAGUCGCCUUUCGACGCCCUUUGUCGGCUAUGCAAUCGUGGCUGCGAUCGAUAUUCUCACAACGAGAUUGACCCUCUCUGAGGUACCGGGCCGGCUGGCGAAUUUCAGUGGGGCCCAAAGUGUGCUUGCAGAAUUGGCCAUGGGGUGGCAGAGUGCGAAGAAUCAGCAGGCAUCGGUGCUGGAACGAGUUAGGGAUUUGGCGGAGUUGACUACGCAAGGGACCGCGACUAGCUUCCGAUUUGGAGCGUUCCGGAAGGUGGAGGGACGUGAGUCUAUUUUCGAGAUGAGAGAUGGGAUGGAGAAGAUGUUCGGGAAGGAUUUCGAUUGUAUUUAUGGUUGA